AUGGAUUUUGAAGACAAGGGAGAUGGAGAUGGCGCAUUAAAGCAAUCUAGGGCGACAAUGGUGAUAUGCAGAUACUAUUUAUUUCCUGCUUUAGUGGAAUAUGGUGCAGUCAAGUCGAAAAAAGGGGAGCACUCAGAGAUAUACCGCAAGGCUUAG